AUGGUUGCGAAUUUUGACGAGGAUGUUGAGCGGGUCAUUAGUCCUAGCAAACUGGCUCAUGUCGUGCUGCGGACCAACAACCUGGAGAACAUGGUCACCUUCUACAAAACAUUUCUUGGUGCCAAAGUAAUUUACGAGAACGAGAUGCUAGCCUUCCUCUCUUACGAUGAAGAACAUCAUCGUAUCGCCAUCCUGGGUGUGCCCGGUACUCAAGCGAAGCAGCAGACGACCUGCGGCCUGGAACACAUCGCCUUCACUUUCAGCUCGCUCACGGACCUUCUGCUCUCGUACCGACAGCGAAAGCAGAAAGGGAUCUCGCCGUUGUGGCCGGUCAAUCACGGCCCGACAACGUCGAUUUACUACAGAGAUCCAGACGGUAACAUGAUUGAAACACAGGUGGACAACUUUGACGAUCCGGAUGCUGCCACUGAGUUCAUGAAAUCUAAGCACUUCAGUGAAAAUCCCAUUGGUGCUGACUUUGACCCUGAAGAGUGGAUUGAACAGCUUACUGCUGGCAAACCAGAGAAUGAGCUCAAGGUCAGAAAGGAAGUGGGACCUCGUGGGCUGCCCGACUUUUUCUAG